AUGAACGAUAUUUAUGCUAGACGACUCGCACAGGGUACAAUGUUCCAUCAGUUGAUGCGGUGCCAUGGGACGUUAUGGGCUGCAACACAGGUAACCAAAGAAAAAUUAGAUUAUAAUUUUAUUCGUGAGGAGUUUAUGCGAGUUAAUGGUCGUCGCUCUAUGCCGUUACUUAUUGGAGCAGCAGCUGAUGAAAACCUUCAUCAACUUCACUUAACACACUUGACGGAACACUGUGCUUGGAGUGAGAGUGCAAGAGCAUGCGCUGUUCAAGAACAGACUCCAUUCUCAAAGCACAUUGCGGCUAUGGGUAGAAUGUCUGAGACAAUUCAACAGGCAAAAACAGCAUCUACUGUUCAAAACCUUUUGCAAGAACAGUUGGCCCAUAUUGAUGGUAUUAGCACAUUUGAAGAAGAACCUAUUCUUGAAGAGAAAGAAUAA